CGACAAGAUUGUGACAUGAGAGGACAUUUUAUGGAGUCUGACUCGCGAUGGCGAUUUCUGCAACGAUAUCUGGUGCUCAUGCGAUUCUUCUAGCAACGCAGCUCUGUGCCACUGGCCAUGUCGUUCAUCUGCCACUCCUCCACGCCCAAUUCCCCAGCUAUUUACCCUUGGAACGUCUCUUGCGCAUUAUCUUGACCUUUCUUCCAGAGAGCACAGAACCGCAGGCCUAUACAUCUGUGCUUCAAGAACUAGUGUCUGGUUCCACGACCGAGCCUUUUGAAGGUGACGUCGACGUUUCUGCCGUCCAAGACCUUCCCGAGGCUGUUGCGAGGAAACGCGUCCGGAAGCUUCGUCUACUGCCGCUGAGACACCCUGACGACGAGGAUAGCGAGCCUUCCGACCUCUUGACUCAAUUUCUUAUCCAUCGGUCGCAUCGCAUAGAUUCCGAGACCGGUCUUCAGCCACUCAUCCUUGACCUUCUUCUGCCAUUCUACCAACGCUCGUCCACCGUGCGUACAUGGUUGAUUUCUAGCAUCCUACCGCUCCUCCGAUUGAACUAUGAGUAUUACCCGAGUCAAGAUGAGAUGUUCUCCUUGAAUACAUUAGAGUCGAUGGACGAUGCAACCGCGGUCAACGUUCUGCUGUCUAUGACGAGUCCGAGAAAAGACGAGAUGGACAUCGCGAGGAACCUCCGUGGACUGGUGGGUGCGUGGAUAUAUGGCAGCAACCGCGCAAAACGACGCAGGCUCAAUGAGGCCGCAAAUCAGAGUGCGAUAUCCCUUCCGCAGGACAGCCACCGCCCGAAGACGACAACAGGUGCUAUAUGGCAGCAGGUAAAUGAAUGGUUGCUGUCGCAUAGCUUGGUGGAGCAUGAUACUGCAGUCAACGCCUUUGUUCACUGGGAUGGGCCUGGGGACGUGGACCUUGGAGGCUGCGGAGAGGAGAAUCAACAAGCAACACAGGACGAAUUGGCGGAAAUGCGGACUCGUUAUGGCCAGUCAGGCCUUGCCGUUGUGUACGCAAACCCUGAUGCGAGCAGUUCCUCGCUGGAGGGCUCAAUGCAGAUUGUAACAAGGGUGGCCCAGUUACUCAACCUUCAGAACUCUGUGUUUGUUGUGCGCAAGGAUUCCGCGCUUCCUUCGGUGACAUUCGAUGCGGGUGAGAUUCCGUCCACCUCAAGAGUCACAUUGUUACAAAAUGCCUUGCUGCUGAGUUCGAAUCCAUUGACGCUUCCGUCUGCUUCGUCGGUCUCAUUCUUGAGCGCACUACUUCUCUCUUUGCAGGUGCUGCAUGAAUUGGGCGUUACAAUACCCUGCAGGCAAGCUGCAAACCUGUGCCUGCACAGCACUGAGGAUAUGCAACUUGCAGAGCUUCGCAGUACGGUUAGCUCGAUUGCCAAGCAGGCCACUCCUGGUCGUGAUUGGAAGAAGGUUCGUGAACAGCUGCUAUGGCUUCGUGACUGGCAGGCGAAACAGUCUGAACAGACGUUGAAUCGUCCUCCCUGUCACGGACUGUUUUGGAAGGUCUCCCGGAAUACUGUGGAAACAGAGGUGCUGAGAGCCUUGCUGGAAGCGAAAGAAUAUCAACUGGCCGUGGAUAUUUACACCAUGUCCGACCCGGCUCCUCUGGAUGCGAACCAGGUCGAACAAGCGGUUCAAGACGCUAUCUUUGCGGCCUACGACAACGCGAGCAACGGCAAUAGGACACGAGGAGGAAUGAAGAGGGCUUAUGAGAUUCUACAAGCAUUCCAACCACAUUUCCCAACUUCCGUAACCUUGAAACAAAUCCAGGCGCUCAUAGCAGCAACUCACUCACUGUCGUUCUACUCUCUGACCUUGCAGCAUGGCGUCCCCUUUCAGCCGGUCAGCAUCCGAGUCCACCCUGAUCCUCUCUCCUUGAUCGAAAAGGUGCUCGAUCAGAAUCCAAAGAGCUACACAAAACUCGACGAUCUACUUUCCAUUGGACGCAACCUGGUCGAGGCCGGGUUGCCGACCGGUGCGACCGAAGACCACGAAUCGCAUUUCGGUGCCUCUCCUUCUACGUCGCGGGAAGAUGCGGUGGUCACAGCCGAGCGGCGCGUCAUGUCUCUGGCCAUUUCAUCCGCCCUUUCCUCAAACGACUUUGGCACCGCCUACUCUUACAUCCUCACUCGUCUCACACCCCCUUCACUUUUACCUACCGCGUCGCAACUCACAAAUCCGAACGUCAAAGACGACAUCUCCUGGCGCGCUCCGUCCCUGCAAGCCCAAAUCACCCGGCUUUCACAGCGCAUGGAGCUCCUCUCGCUAGCGCUCACUCUCGUCCCAUAUCCCGACCCACUCCCAGAGAUUCUCGGCGCAUGGCGUCGCUGCGACGAGGAGAUGAACGUCCUCCGCGCCCAGGAAAGCGCAGAAGAAGAGAUAUGGGACGCCAAGGGCGACAGCCUCUCGACCCUUCCCGGCGGCUUCGGCCCGACAGACACAGAACAAGACGCCUUUGACACCAAGCAGCAACACGCCCGACGCGUCCGCGCCCAACGGAACCGUUCCCACCUCGGAGACGCACCCAUGGGUCUCUUCGAAGUCGCCCGGGGCGCCGCCCUCGCCCUGCAGAAGAACGCUUUCCCCCUACGCAGCGCUGCCUCGGCAGCCGCCUCACCAGACGAAAUAACACCGUCGGCGCGAGCGCGCGAAGCCCACGAGGAAUCAAGCCCGCAGUCGCAGGAGGGCCGAGUCCGCAAGAGAGACGUGGUCAGUAACAUGGUAACCGGCGGGUUGGCAAGCGGGAUCGGCUGGGUUCUCGGUGCGCAGCCUGCCAACCGAUCGUAA